AUGGCUGGAACUCUGUUCCGUACCUUGUUCAACAGUACUUUAACAUUUUACAAAUGUAAUACUACAAAUUUGAGAACAUUGCACACUGCACCGGUAUCUUUUGCUGCUCGCAAAGGUACCAGAGCCAAGGCCCGUGCUAAGAAAGUAAAGGUUGAAGUUACAAAAGUAGGUUUUAUUCCACACAACCAAAGAGGAAGAGAUAAGACUAUAAAAUCAACUGUAAGCAAACACGCCGAUGAUAUAUUCAAGCCUACAUCUAAUGAUGAUGUGUAUCCACUCAAAUACUACCGUUGGGUUGUCUACACCGCUGAACAGGCAGUUGAGGCUCACAGACAGACACACCAUCCUACCAUGUACAAUGUACCUGAUGCUCUAGUCUCUGCCCAGAUUGAGUUUAAUAUGGAGGCUGCGAAGAAGAACCGUUACUUGGACAGCUUCACCCGCCUGUCUCUACUUCCUCACAUAUUCCCACGUGAUGAAGAGCGCACCAUCCUUGCAUUCUGUAAGAGCUCUGAGUUGAUCAAAGAAGCAACUGAUGCAGGAGCCACUUUGGCUGGUGGAACUGACCUUAUUAAGAAAAUUCAGGAUGGUCAAAUCAAGCUUAGUGAUUUUGAUUACAUAGUGGCUCACCCAAACAUUCUGACUGACCUUGUACCCAUCCGAGGAUUGAUGAAGAGGAGGUUCCCUAGCUUGAAAACUCACACCCUCGGCCCUGAUCUUAAAGAUAUAGUUAGGAAGUUCUCUGGUGGUGUUCAGUUCAGAGUAAAAAAGGAUGAAAAUCAACAAAAUUAUGGUUUUGUCGAAAUACCUGUUGGAAGGUUAAAUAUGGAACCAAAACUUGUGGCGGAAAAUAUAGACGCUCUUUUAAAGGACAUACAGUCGGCACGGCCUAAACGAGAUGGCCUUUUUAUCACAAGAUGUUUAAUAGUAAGCCCGCCUUCACCCGAGAAAUUGAAGAUUGAUCCAUUUGUACAUGUCAGCAAAACACUAUCAAAGGAAGUCCAAGAGGACAGCGAUGAUGAGGGUGAAGCUGUAGCCGCUACGGCUUAG